ACACACUCACUCACUUUCUCUCUCUUUCCCUCAGCGCUAUUUUCCCCUUCGUUCUGAUUUCUCGCUUUUGUUUUCGUUCAAGGUUCAAUUUUUCCAGAAUCUUUUUUCUGUCUUUGCUUUCUUGAUUUCUUUUCUUUUUGGUUUUUAAUUUUUUUUUUCUAUAUCGGACACGGUCGUUGUUCGAUUUUUCUUGUUUCUUGGCAUAUCUUUUUUUUACUAACCAUGGGUCCUGAUUCACCGUGAAAAAGAAAGAAAGAAAAAAACCGGGUCCGGUUCGGUUUUUUUUUUCGUUUUCUUGGAAGCUGUGGUUUCGUUCUUCUUCCGAGUUGGGGAAGAAGCGUACGACAAUGCCGGCGGCGGGGAUGAGACGGUCGACGAGGGUAUUCGGCGUGCGGGUCGGGACACAGGCCGAGUCAGGCCGUGUGCUGCGGUCCGGGCGGCGAUUGUGGCCGGAAUCCGUCGAGACAAAGACCAAGAGAGGGAACGAAGGGGAUGAUUGGUCAAUGCUCCCCCUGCCGUCGCCGGCGAAGACAACAAAAGGAAAUGCCGUUUUGCCGCCUCGCCGCCACGCGAAAAUGAAGCGAAGGGAAGGUGUGAUUGAUGCAUACAAAAACGUGGUUAGGGAGGCGGAGGUGGCUACGACGACGGGACAUAGGAAAGGAGGUCAGGACGAUGAUGGUGUUGAUAGAAAUGUUGACAGAAUGUUUGGCAUUACGUAUACGAGAAAGCGAUGGAGAUUAGGGACUGAAAGUUCAGAACUUUCUAGAAAUAAAGGAAAAGGUGAAUGUGAGAGUGGUAGCAGCAGUGAGCUUGUGGUUGUUGUGAAGCCCUGUGCUUUAAAGAGUGAUUGGUUUUCGUGUUUAUUGGUUUCGAUUUUGAGGCACAUCACAAGGGUCAGAGUGACACUGGCGGAGCUCUCAGCUUUCUUUCUUUCUGAGCCAAUUCAUGGUGCUUUUGCAUCGCGGGGCAUACAGUUCCUGCAGGGCCCUCCUACUGUCAACAUUGGAAUAUGCCAGUUCUUUGGUUUCAUACAGUUCAUCCCUUUGUUCUGUGUGGACUAUUCUGCUGUUCCUCUUUGUUUUGAGUAUCUUCAUUCUGCUAUGCUUUUAAAAUCUAUGUUUAGGUCAUUUUUUCUUGUACAUAAUCCAAUGGAUGUGCAUAGUGAUGUUGAGGAUGAUGAGAUGGAAAUUUAUUUCCCAGAAUACCAAAACAAACGGCAGAUUUCUUGCGAUGCCUUCAAGAGGGAACCUUGUGAGACUGGAAUUGUUACUCCUGAUGUUAUGGAAAUCAAUGACAAUUUAUAUUUACAUUCCCCUGUCAAGAGCCCUAGGGUAAUUGGUAGAAAUGGUCAGUAUAGGAACAUUGUGAACUCUAGAGGCUUUCAGAAGAGAAGUUCACUCAGGAAAAGGAAAGCUCGUAGUCCUCCAAUGAUGAGUUUAUGCAGAAGUACUCGAGUAGUAGCUUCUAAUUUCAUGGCUGGUAGGAAAAGCAAUAGCCAGUUGUCUGGUGUGACCUCUUGCAACGAACUUAGGAGUUUGGCUAACCGUAGCACAACUGGAUGUUUGAAAGAAGCAAGUUCUGCCAUAGUGGAUUCAGCUGAAGCAACUAGAUUAGAUUCAUCAAUCUGUUCUGCAAACUUAUUGAUUACGGAAUCAGACCAAUGCUACAGGGUAGAGGGAGCAAUUGUCACUCUAGAGAUGUCUGCUUCAAGAGAAUGGCUUCUCACUGUAAAGAAGGAUGGAUUGACAAGAUGCUCUUUCAAAGCAGAAAAAAUAAUGCUACCCUGCACUUCCAAUAGGUUCACCCAUGUGACAUUGUUUUUGUUGGACAAUGGGUGGAAGCUGGAGUUUGCCAAUCGCCAGAACUGGACUGUCUUUAAAGACCUUUAUAAGGAGUGUUCUGAUCGUAAUAUCCCUGCUCCUGUUGCUAAAGGUAUUCCAGUGCCAGGCGUGUAUGACGUGUCUACCUAUGCAGAAGAAAGUAAUGGUUUUCCCUUUCACAGACCAGAUACAUAUAUAUCUGCUUGUGGGGAUGAGUUAAGUAGAGCAAUGACAAGGAGAACUGCGAAUUAUGAUAUGGAUUCUGAAGAUGAGGAAUGGCUGAGCAAGUUCAAUAGUGAGUUUCAAGAGCAUGUUUCUGAGGAUAAUUUUGAGUUAAUUAUUGAUGCUUUGGAGAAGUUUUAUUAUUGUAAUCCGGAUGAUUCUUUUGAUGAAAAAUCUGUGGCUAAUGGUUGUGAGAAUCUUGGUAGCAAGGAAGUUGUAGAAGCUGUAUAUACCUAUUGGAUGAGAAAACGGAAGCAAAAACGUUCUUUGCUACUUAGGGUUUUCCAGGGUUAUCAAUCAAAGAGAGCUCCACUUAUCCCUAAGCCUUUGCUGCGAAAGAGAAGGUCCAUUAAGAGACAGCCAAGCCAGUUUGGUAGAGGCAAUCAGCCAAGUGUACUGAAAGCAAUUGCAGCUGAACAAGAUGCCUUGGAAGAGAAUGCAAUGCGCAGGGUUGAAGAAGCUAAAGCCUCUGCAAACAUAUCAAUGGAAUUAGCAGUCCAAAAACGCAAAAGGGCUCAAUCUCUUGCUGAGAAUGCAGAUUUGGCAACAUACAAGGCCGCAAUGUUAAUUAGAAUAGCUGAAGCAGCUAUGGCUGCAGAGUCAGUAGAUGCCGUGGCAGGAAACUUUCUUAAUUGACGGUUAGAUCGAUUCCCCAUGCUAAUAAUUAUAAUACCACAUUUUAUUACGCAGUAGAUUUGCUGCAUUUUUUUUUUUUGUGAAGUUGUAAACAUUGUAUAGUUUUUUGUAUAUAUAUACAGCUUGUGGUUGAUUUCCCUUGCUUGGAAGAA